AUGCCUCAAUCCGACAGUCCUUCGGCCGCCACGAGCUAUGGCCAGGUCAUUGAGUACAUUCAAGACCGCCUCUACUUGGCCUCAUACACACACAAGCCCAACGCGCAAACGCCCUUCCCAUACACAAACAAGUCUACCAGCAAAUCGCCGUCCAAGCGCUCCGCCAGAUCCCAGUCAACCACAACCACCGCUACCCCUUCGCUUCCUCCAGUAUACUUCUCAGUCGACAAGCACUUGCUUUACAAUGCUUUCCACGCAGACUUUGGCCCGCUACACAUCGGUCACCUGUACCGCUUUGCUGUCAUGCUGCACGAGGUGCUCGGAGACCCCGAAAACGAGGGCAGACCGGUUGUAUUCUGGUNNCGCGCAAACGCCGCAUGCAUUCUUGCUUGUUACAUGAUUCUGAUCCAGAACUGGCCGCCGCAUCUUGCCCUGGCUCCCAUCGCUCAGAUGGAUCCUCCAUGCAUGCCUUUCCGUGAUGCUGGCUACAGUCAAGCUGACUACGGUCUCACUGUGCAAGACGUCGUCUACGGCGUGUGGAAGGCAAAGGAGGAAGGUCUUUGCGGCCUCAAAGACUUCAGCCUCGAGGAAUACGAAAAGUAUGAAAGAGUCGACAUGGGUGACUUUAACUGGAUUUCUCCUUCUUUCCUGGCCUUUGCUUCUCCCCAACAUCAACCCACUCGUGUUAUCGCACCCACUGACCCCGAGUGGGCCAACCUCCCACGCUCUCUCUCUGCUCUCCACCGCUCGACUUCACUCCCCCAGCCAUUCAAGAACGUUCUUUCUCACUUUGUUGAGCGCGGCAUCGGUCUUGUGGUCCGUCUCAACUCCGAGCUUUACUCGCCUUCAUAUUUCCAAGCUCUAGGCAUCAAGCACCUGGACAUGAUUUUCGAUGAUGGCACCUGCCCUCCUCUCAGUCUGGUUCGCAAGUUCGUUAACCUCGCACAUGAGAUGAUCACGGUCAAGCGCAAGGGAAUUGCUGUCCACUGCAAGGCUGGUCUCGGAAGAACUGGUUGCUUGAUCGGCGCAUAUCUGAUCUACAAGCAUGGUUUCACUGCCAACGAGAUUAUUGCAUACAUGCGCUUCAUGCGUCCGGGUAUGGUCGUUGGCCCUCAACAACAUUGGCUCCACCUCAACCAGGGCACUUUCCGCGAGUGGUGGUUUGAGGACACCAUGAGAGAGAAGAUCGCUGCCUCGAUGGUUCCUGCAACUCCCACAAAGGCCACUUCUGGAAACAGCAGACGUCUUGCUAGCAACGGCCAGACUUUCACUCCUCCCAACGGCAGCACCAAGCGUGCAGCUCUUGGUGAGAUCAGCCACAUCAACGAGCAGGAGCCCGCAUCUUUCGCCAGCAGCACCAACAAAUACGCUGUCAACGAUGAAAACUUGCCUGCACCUACACCCGGUCAGCCUCGUAAGACUAGCAAAGUUUACGGUCAUGUCACUGGACGCAAGGUUACCAGAACUGAGAAUGAGCCCUUUGAGAUCAGACCCGAUACUGAGAUUGUCAGCAUGCAACGAACAAGCAUGGGCGAGAGCGAAAGUGAGGAAGAGCAAGCACUCCGUGCCCUCGCCUCAUCACGAAAAGCAUCGCAAUCUCCAAUCAGCCGUAGCGGCAAGCGUCGGGCGGUUAGCUGCACCACGACGACCACCACGACAACAAAGUGGGGCAUGGACGAGAGCGAUGUCGAGAAUCGUCUCGCAGAGAUUCAUGAAGACUCAGCAAGCCCUCGCAAGCCUAAGACGCCUUCAACCAGAUCUGGCAAGGGCGACAUCAGCAUCGGCAAGCGUAGUUCACCAUCACGUCGUAGCACUGAAGGCAAGACCAGCGUUCGCAAGACAAGUGGUCGUGUCGGCAGUGUAGGCGCCAACGUCCCUCGCACUCGCGCUUCAUGA